ACGAAAAUUUUAACGUUGCGAGUUAUAUAUAUCUUGAUCUACAAGAAAGUCUAUACGCCUUAAGUAAACACAGCGACUUAAUGUACAAAAUACAUCAUUUGCCACAGAUCAAGAAACAGAGAUUCUGCCAGGCAAGAUGAGUGAAGGGGUGUCUCAUUCCCAGGGGAUCUUGGCAAGAGGGAAUGAUUUCUUGCGCUUUCUUGAGACCCAAGGACAACAGUUAGAAGGACUCUCAAAGACAGUAACACAGAGUAUUUAUGAUACACAAUACCUAACAUACCGAUGUCAAAUUCAUCCAGGUGAACCUAGCAUUCCUUUUAACGUAGUACUUAAGACCCUCAUUGACAAUCUUGUACUGCAUCUUCAGGGAGACAUACUUCACUAUGUCAGCUUCCAAAGUGACAGCGCGUAUGCACAAAGUACCGCACAAAGUAGAAAUCCAGCUCAGUAUUUGCAUGAAAAUGCAGGUGCGUCAAAUUUCCAUCCCUUGCAGCAAACAUUUCCUAACUUUGUUAGGCCAGGUUCUUCGGGCGCAGCUUUUUCACAUGAAAGAAAUGACACUGUUUUUAAUGACAGAGGUGCAAAACCGAAAAAGAAAAAACACCCAGGAAAUUUACUAGCUGUAGAUCAACACAUCAUCAUUCACAGGACACCCACAGUUUGCAAAGAAACUAGCGAAGAGUUGGCAGCAUUUCAGGCCUCCAUCAGUCAUCUGCCUAAUUACGUGACUUUGAAAGGACAGGUGUUUGAUUGUUCUCCCUGUGGGGCUAAGUGUACAUCAAAGGGUGAACUACUGCGCCAUCUGGAUGGCCGUCGCCACAGACUCAGUGUUAUCACUAUGAAACUCAAAUCAGAAAGGGAGAGUCUUAUACUUGACAAAGGUAAGAUACAGAUCAGGGCUGACUGUGAAGGGAAAAAUGGCACCUACUUCAUUGACCUGAGAGAAGGCGUAGUAUCAACCAUCAAUGUUACAAUCAAAAACGUUUCCCCUGACCACAUGGUAGAACUUGUCCAUUGUGAGAUGCUGAAGAGAAUACGAGUUUUUACAUUAUAUGAUGAGAAAGAUGUCACCGAGCAUCAAAACAAAGUCACAAUAUUGCCAGACUCCAUAUACAAGGUCAGAAUAACAGCGAUGGCAAAAAAUGUGGGCAACUAUCACACCCCUCUCGGUUUCCAUUUCAACCUUGACGGACAGGAAUUCCACAUCGUCAGGUUCAUUCACGCCAGAUGUAAAAGUGCCAUCACAGACCAGGUGAAAUCCUCAAAGCCAUAUAAACGCCCUCCUCGACACUCAUGGCGGAGAGAGGCUGCGGAGAUUGUUGAAGGAUUCCCUCUGCCGAAAUGGAGCGGAGACAACCUUCCAAAGAAAAUAGCUCUAGAGAGAUACCGCAUUCCAGACUCCCUCAGGAAAAUCAUCAACCAUGGUCUCAAGGUCAACCUAGAUAAGUACAGCGAGAUUGACAGGAGUGAACUCUCCUCACUCAGGAGUGUUCUUGAAAAGCCACUUAGCUGGGAAAGCUACGAUAAAAGGUUUUCUGCCAUGAAUCACUUUGAGGAGACUCAGAUGGAGGUAGACAUCCGAAAAUAUGAUAUGGAGGCCGUCACAAUGAGGGCGUAUCAGAACAAUCGCAGACUGCUCAUGUUGGAGGUACCUGGUCUGUCUGAGAAUCGUCCGUCAGUGCUGAGAGGUGAUUGGUUGUAUGUUAGAAUCUGCACGGAAGGCAGCACCGCCGACAGGGAGUACCAGGGCUAUGUCCACGAGGUCAGGCAGAAUGAGGUGGCCCUGGGGUUUAAUAAAAAAUUGAUGGAUCAGUAUGUGAAGGGCCUGAAGUUCAAUGUCCGAUUUGUUUUUAAUCGACUACCUCUACGCCUCCAGCACAGGGCAUGCUCAUUAGCCAAGGAUGAGGGACUCGAGGACUUCCUUUUUCCUACAGAACGGACCAUAUGUUCUCGAAACAUGAAUAUUUUACCGCUACCUCUCAUGCUAUACAACAAAGAUUUGGAAAACAACGAUGAACAAAAGAAAGCCAUACACAAUAUACUUUCGGGAAUAUCACGUCCAGCCCCGUACCUGGUGUUUGGCCCACCCGGUACAGGCAAAACAGUCACCAUCGUAGAGGCCAUGAUGCAGAUCUGGAAACAUUUUAAGAAGUGUCGUAUUCUGGCCUGUGCGCCGUCCAACAGUGCUGCUGAUCUCAUUGCCAUCCGCCUUCUCAAGAUAAUUCCAAAAAAUGACAUUAUGAGGCUGAAUGCUUUCUCAAGGUCAUGGGAUCUUAUUCCAAAGGAUGUCAAGGCUGUGAGUAACUAUGACCACGGUUCUGGCCAGUACUACUAUCCGGGACAGGACGCGAUGGAGGGAUACAAGAUUAUCAUUUGUACACUUGUUACUGCUGGCAGGCUUGUGUCUGCAAACUUUCCAUCUUGCCACUUCUCCCACUUUUUCGUGGAUGAGUCGGGCCAUGCUGUAGAACCUGAGUGUAUUAUUCCUCUGGCCGGAAUCUUGACCACUGACCCACAGUUAGAGUGCGGUCAGGUGGUACUAGCUGGUGACCCGGAACAAUUAGGUCCAAUCCUAAGAUCACCUUUCGCCAUCGAGUACAAACUAGAUGUAUCGUUGCUGCAGCGCUACAUGACGACAUGCGAGGUGUACAAAAGGACUGACACAGCAGGAGGUACCGGGUAUGACAACAGGAUCAUAACUAAACUGCUACAAAACUACCGUUCACAUCCAGCAAUUUUACAUCUCCCAAAUCAGUCGUUCUAUCAAGGCGAAUUAGUUUACUCUGCUGACAAAGGCAAAAGAGAAACUUUCUGCCGUUGGGAAGGUCUUCCAAAAAAACAAUUCCCGGUUAUUUUCCAUGGGGUCCUUGGUCAAGAUGAGAGGGAGGAGAGGAGUCCGUCUUUUUUCAAUGCAGCAGAAGUUGACAAAGUCUGGUACUACAUUGAUCUCCUAUUGCAGAAUAAAGGCUACAAACUGAAUCCAAAAGAUAUUGGAGUUAUUUCCCCUUACAGGAAACAGGUCCAGAAGAUUCAGGCUUUACUUAAAAAGAAGUCACUGAAAGAUAUACAUGUGGGGUCAGUGGAGGAGUUCCAAGGUCAGGAGCGGCUGGUCAUCAUCGUGUCCACUGUCCGCAGUAACCCUGAUUACCUCUCCUUAGACAUCCAGUACCGACUGGGGUUCCUCAAAAACCCAAAGAGGUUCAAUGUGACCUUGACCAGAGCGAAGGCCUUAUUGGUUGUCAUUGGAAACCCCCAAACAUUGUCACAUGAUCAGCACUGGAAAAGCUUCAUCGACUACUGUAAGGAGAAUGGGGGAUACACAGGGUUCACAUGUGAGCAGGAAGAGGAGGAGGAGUUGCUUGAAUUGGAGGAAAGACUGAAACUAAUGAAACUUUGGGACCAAGAGGAACUGGACAAAACAGCCGAGUUUGUACAAGAUUAUGGUAUCCGGAAUGAUUCGGCCAUUAUGAGGGACAAGUGAAGGUCCCAGACAGCGGGAGUACAGGUUGAUCUUGGAGCUGAUUCUCGACGUACGCAUCAGUGAUACUACAUUGCUAUGACAUUUUGUUGACAGUGUUUUUAAUUUAACCAAAUUUCUUUUACUUUAAGGUAGUCAAAUUAAUGUUUUAUUAUGACGAUAAGUCAGAUUCAAUGCUAAGUUAGUUAUGAUUGAUACAUAUUUCAACCUUUUUCUGAUAUACUCAGCAGGGCUAUUUUAGAAAUAAAUGUAGGGAGUUGGUGGGGAUGGGGGAUGGUGUUGGUGGUGGGAAUAUGUCAAAAAUUAUAUCAUAGACCCCCCCACCACCCAUAUACGGUAUACUGGGAGUAUUUUGCCGCAGUUUAAAUUUCACCUUUUUGGUUCUCUAUCAUGAGGGUGAAUUUAUAAUUACAGCUAAUAUUAAUUAACAUCAUAUAGUAAUUAAAUUUGAAGUGCAAAGUUAAUGCUGGGCAAGGAUGGAUGUUACCGGCCCAGGGCAAAAGUUUGACCAGGGAAUGAUCUCCCUUUGUAUAGUAUCAUAACUUGUAAGUGCCUUCCUACCCUAUGUAUUCUUAUCUGAAAUAGCCACAGGUUUUAUUUUAGAUCUGUGCUUAUGUUUUUCAAUAUGUGACACUCCCAGUGAGUAAGUGUCAUUCUUCAACAGGAAAAGGUUCAAUGUCUGCCAUUUAUUUGGCUAAAAAAAAUCUGGAUUAAGACGAUUUUAACUCAUUCACCCUUGACAUUUCAUAAUGAACUACUCCAACCUUUGAAUUGGAAGAGUUCAAAUGUGUCUUCAGAGGUGAAUGAGUUAUUAAACAUUUAGUUUCAAAAUUGUGAUGAUCCAGGCAAUGUGUUAUUCUUAGUAAAUAGUUUGAAGUGUGUGUUACAAAAUGGUUCUCUACUACUAAAAAUAUAAUAUAUGUACAUGUAUUGAAUUUUAAUGUUCAAUUGUAAUUUAUCUCAAGUAAAUUUCUAAAAUGACUUAGCAAAUAUCUAGUAGAGAAUAUAUUGUGAUUUUUUUUUUUUAAAUUGUGCAGUAUUGAUUGUUUAAUAAUCAAAUAAAUUCUUUUAUAGUGUUGAAAUAACUAGGUGUAAAAUGGAACCUUAAAGUGUUUAGGUAGAAGUUUUUUAUUGAAUUUUAGAAGUAGUUAGACUCUAAUUUUAACAUCUGAAUUUUUAUCAACUUUUACAUACUGUACUUAAUACUUGUUUCUUAAUGUUUUCUAUAUGGGUAAUGUUAAGAAAACAAAUUAAAAUCUAAUUAUUUUACACACUCAGAAUGUUGAUUAUAAUCAAGUUAAAUAUCAUUUUCAAUUUGCAGUCUUAAUGUCUAUCAACAUUAGAUUGGAGUUUUGAAAUAUUGAAAUAUCAUUAUUCUUCAUUUCAUUAAUGUGUGGAUUUAUCUAUAUUUUCAUAUAUAGCAUUUAUUUGUUAUCAAGAUAGAGAGUCUAAUUUUUUUUAAUAAACUUGUAUAAUAAUGAUAUUUUUUUUGUCUAGUUAAAGGAAAUGUACCGGUAAGACUUUUUAAUUUUUCAUAUAUUUUUAAUUAAACAUGUAAGUAGUUAAAAAAAGUUGAAUUCUACUGAAAAAUGAUUUAAUGAUGGGAUUUUAGUAUGACGGUAUAUCCCAAAACCAUGUGGUAUUUUUCUUACUUUUUAUCCUUAUUUUGUUGAAAUUAUUUUAUCAUCGUGUUGAAAGUUUUAGAAUGCAAAAAUGUGAAUAAGCAGGACUACUGGAGAUUGCACAUCGAGUGAUAGAAACAACUGUAAUGGACCUACGAUUACUAGCCCUCCACAGAUUACUAGCCCUCCACCCCUGGGUCAUGGCUUUGAGGCCUACUGGCCGCAGGUCAGUGGUUUUUCUCGGGGUUCUCCCGUUGUUCUCCACCAUAAAAACCUGGCUUGUCCUUAAAUGACCAUAGCUGUUAAUAGGACGUAAAACACAUAAAAACCAAACUUAAUCGUCUUGUUGCUGGCAAAAAUGUAAGGUAGCAGUAUACAGUAGAGGGUUGUGGCCAUGGGUGAUAUUUUUGUUAAAAGGCUAACCCCUGUAUAAUGAUAUGUAAAAGAAAUAUGGAAAU